CACAAAGUCAAUCGCAGCGAAUGAGCAAAGCAAAGCCGACUGAGCUGCCACAAUUGAGUGGCAAUCGCAGCUGCUGACGAUAGAAAACCGCUUCCUAGAGAUCAGUUUGCGGCAAGCACACGAAGCUGUCAGGUCAUCUCCAUAGCGAGCGGUAUUUGCCACUUUACUAGCCAUCUAUCUAAGUAUCAGUUCAGAUUUGGUCGGCAUGGAGAAGUUCUACUGGCGCAACAAGGUGGCCAUCAUCACUGGCGCUUCGAUGGGCAUUGGAGCGAGCACAGCUAUUACCUUGGCCAAUGCCGGCAUGGUUGUGGUGGGCCUCGCCAGACGUGCAGAACUCAUCGAGGCACUCAACGCUCAAGUGACUGGCGAGGGUAAGAUAUUUGGGCGUCAAUGUGAUCUCAGCGAUGAUGAGCAGCUGAUCAGCAGCUUUCGCUGGAUAUGGGAGCGUUUCCACUGCAUUCAUGUGCUCAUCUGCAAUGCGGGCAUAUUGAAAGCCAACUUUCUAAGUGAAUCACCCACCAAGGAUAUUAAGGAACUGUUCGAUUUGAAUGUGGUCGCCACGGCAAGCUGCUUAAGGGAGUCCCUGAAGCAGAUGGCGAUCAGCAAGGUGCGCUGCCACAUUGUGGUAAUUAACAGCGUGCUUGGACAUCGCAUACCGGAAGUGCCGGUGCCCUUAUUCAGCGUUUAUCCGGCCACGAAGCAUGCAAUUACAGCACUUUGCCAGACGGUGCGCCAGGAAAUACAUUUUCUCAAAUUAAAUAUUAAAUUAACGAGCAUCUGUCCAGGCAUGGUGGACACAGAUUUUCUCAAUGUUUACUCACAGGCUGUCGAUGAAUUGCCCAAACUGCAGGCAGACGAUGUGGCCAAAGCAGUUCUCUAUGCGCUCGAUACACCCGAUGGCGUCCAGGUGGAAGAUAUUAUUUUGCAGAAGAUGCGAACAUUUGACUAAAGUCGAUAGAAUGUUGAAAUUUCAA